AUGUCUGAUUGGACAAAUCUGUGGUAUGUCUGGCUGAUCUUGCUGCUGGUGUUCCUGCUCCUGCUCUGUGGCGUCUCAGCGAGCUGUGUCAAGUUCUGCUGCAGGAAGAAAAGGCUCCCAGUGGAGCCCUUCCCUCGGCACCCCUGUGACCUGGCCGUGAUUGGCAUUGACAGUGACAGCACUGCCCACAGCACAGUGACCUCAUACAGCUCAUGGCAGUACCCUCCAAGUGUCCAGAUUCCCUUGGUAUUUGUGGAUAUGGAUAAGAACACUGUGUCUCCUCCAGCCUACAGCCUCUAUGCCAUGGACCUGCCACCUUCCUAUGAUGAAGCUGUUCAAAUGGGAAAGCAAGUGGCACGGACAAACCAGAAACUUGAUGACAUCCCUGAACAGGUGACACCACGUGGGCUGAAUCCCAGCCAGUCCCCACCUGACACAAUCAACAGAGAUCCAGCAACACAGGCAAAUUCAGAAGAUUCAGAAGAUGCCACGAAAGAACAGCCACAGGUCUGA